AACCACAAAACAAAAAAUAGAAAAGAAAGGGCAAAAUCAAUAGCCAGUGAAGUAAGAAUUGGAUAAACAGAGUGGGGAGAACAAAAGAAGAAGAAGCUCAAAAACCUCAUCCAUGGCUUCCCUCUCUCUCAUCUCUCCACCUUCUCUCUCUUCCUCCCGCCAUGUUUCCUCCAUAGCCAAUCUCCUUCUCCGCUCCCCAAAACCCCUAAAUCUCUCCGCCCACAACCCCCACCAUUGCCGACCUCUCUCCGUUCACGCCCGCUCCGUCUCCACUCUCACUCAGGACGAAAUUGGUUAACGGCCUCGGCGGGAGCGGCCUCGCCAUGCCGGUGGAGGUCGUGCAGUUCUGUUGGAAAUACAACUUGGUGAGGCUUCAAGAUCUGUUCAAGGACGAAGGUUGCGAGGCCAAGCUUCGAUUGGACGCCGAUGGAAAGCCGUACGUUACUGAUAAUUCGAAUUACAUUGUGGAUUUGUAUUUCCAGUCUCCGAUCAAGGACGGAUUAGCCGCCGGAAAAGAGAUCUCGGCGUUCGAAGGAGUGGUGGAGCACGGAUUGUUCUUGGACAUGGCCACCGCCGUGAUCAUCGCCGGAAAAGAUGGAAUCGACAUCAAGACCAAAUGAUUUUCCAUUUCCAUUUCCUUUCCUCCAUUAGUGAGUUUCUGAAAACUGCUCAAUUCCUCCUCUGCCUUCUUCUCCUCCAUAAAAUAUAUUAGGGCUUUGAAUUGAAACUAUUUUUGUUCAUGUUUUCUUGGUGAUAAUGAGCUUGAUUUCAUCUCUGUAUUAUAAGAAAUCUUGUGCAAAUUUUUGCUGAUGAUCUGCUGAAUCUGGGAAGAUGUACAUUGUCACAUGUGGAAGCUGUGAAAGUGUCAAAUGUUCAUAUUUUCCAUUGAAGGAUAUAUAAUGGCCGAGUACUCAUCAAAUAGUUGAAUAACCUUUAAA